UAUCCCGAAUUGAAUUCUGGAUUUGGUGCUUCCCUAUUCUCAUCAGCUACUCUCUGUGGCUUUUCCUGGUUUGUCAAGGUGUUACUCUGCGAUUAUUUGCUACAUAAAAGCCUCCAUUCUUUGCUGCUUUUUUUGCCACAAACUGCUGAUGGUCUUAGGGUGCUGGGAGUUGUAGUUUCAUGAUCCGAUGUCCCUCCCAGUGAAUGAGUUGCUUAAACCCAGGGAUGGCAGUUGUGUUUGUUGUGGAACAGGUGCCUGAGGCUUCGCAGACAUUUGCUGGAGCAGCUGUUAGUGUUUUGCUACAGACACUCAUACACAACUCCAGAGCCCACUCCUGCUACAAACCAAGAUACGCCCUUAAAUAUCGGCUUUUUUAAGGUUCAAGGAAUUCAUAAGCAUUCAGCCAAAUGAGGUUGCCCAAAUUUCCAGGGAAUUAGACCUGUUGUUAAUAUCCAUUAAGCAAGCCCCUGUGCUACUGUGGCACAACUUAAAGUGCCUGAUAAUUCUGUCUAUAAAUAACUGACAGCUGCUCUCUGACCCCAGCACCCUGCCUUAUAUGUCCACCAUUACAGCACCUUCACUACUGUCUCUUGUACACUCGCUGAAGCACUCCCUUCCAGCCGAGUCCCCUGUGGAAGUGUAUGGGUUUGUUGGCAUGAGCAGAGUCCAAUGAUGCACAUUACCCAGCUGUACCCCGAGUGCCUCCUGUAUCUCUUCUUCUUCCUGGAUAAACACAGCCGCAGAUGUUUGGCACAGACCUGCCACAGACUUAUGCAAGUUUACCGGGAGCCAUCUUUGUGGCCAGUUUUACAUUUCACCUGCCCUGCAGAACUGAACAAGAAGAACUUUAUCCUGGGGGCAGCUUUGAGAUCCUUGUCUAUUUGUUGGUACUCCAGUCGGGUGAAAGUCUGUAACAUUGAGGAUUGGUGGAAAACUGCCCUGCAGAAAUCAAUGUGCAGCCAACAUCAGAACAUAGUCAGCGACUUCCUUCUGGCAGUCAGUGAAAGGUGCCCAAACCUGCAGUCGCUGACACUGUCUGGCUGUGCCCAUGUGAAUGACGACAUUCUGAUCGAGAUCCUUACAUGCUGUUCCAACCUUCGCAGUCUAAAGUUAGAGAACUGCUCUGGGGUGUCGGACAAGAUGUUGGCCAUGAUCCCUGUACUUGCUUGUCACCUGAACACUCUCCAUGUCAAUUUCUGCCGCAAUAUAACCAAGGAGGGCCUUUAUUUUCUGCAGCAGUUUUGCCCAGGGCUGACUCUUCAGGCAGACAGAAGUGCGGGGAUGGUUGCGGAUAGAAUCCCAGAGGAGAAGAUUUUGUUGCAAAGGACAGUCAGGAAGCUGAUACUCAGAAGAGACAAGUUAGUUUAACAUCAGUACUUGGCAAGUGAAUGGCAAACAAUGCAUAAUGUUAGACUGGCAGUAGACUGAUAGAGGUGUGAGAUACAAUCAGACUUUGUGCAGGAGAUGCAGGAGGACAACAAAAAAUGUUUCUAUUCAGGCUGUUAAUGAAUGGCUGUAACACUGACAUGCUGCUAGGAACAACUACACCAUGACUUCUAUGGGGUUUCAAUUAACACACUGAUUAAAGAUAUUUGGCCUCAUUUACAAUCCUGGGGGAGCGCAAGUGUGUGCCCUUAGUGCUCAUUAAACCAACCCCGGAUUUGUGGAGAGGCCACCAAGGCCCAGGCCAGCAGGAUUUUGGGGGGCGGGAUGAAGGACAACCACACCCACACUGGGGAUGUGCAAAAGAUACCAUUGUUUUUUAAAUUUCCCGUGCACCAAUCGCCAUUGCUCUGGUCCCGAUGAAAAUUUGAGCAAAUACUGUAAAAGGGAGGGGAUGGGGGUGACAAACGAAAGUGGGCCUAGGGGCGUCCGCUAUGUAAGUCUGCCUUUUUAAUGCACUUUUUACCCUACAUAGGGCAAUGUGAAUGAGCCCUAUUAUUUACACAGGGACUGCAGCUGCCCCAAUGAUAUGUGCACAGAGUAUCAUAAAUAAGGGUAAUUGCACACUGGAUGAUUUGCAGCAUUUUGUCAGUUUGUGGGAGUAAGAGGAGAAGCUAGAAAUAGCAGCAAUUCCUAUCCAGUUGAAUGGGAAGCAAUGUGUUGGGUCGUGACAAGUAUUUCUCUCAGUGCUGCGUUUCUAGCAAUACAAACUGCUCACUAGACACACGCACAGCAUUUAUCCUCCUCCUACACUUCCCUUGUCCCAUUACCAUUCACUAAAGACUCCUAGAAAUAUGAGGUGCAAAUAACCCCACAGUCAGUUACCCAAAACCAUAUAUAAGGAUAGAGAAGGGAUGCACACUCAAUAAAGAAAAGAAUAAUUAUUAAACAAAGGUG